UUUCGGAGUUCGACUCUCGUGCCUGUCGUGCGAGUCGGACUCCUCGCGGAAACACUGACGUGUUCACACUAGCCUGCGCUAGAAGUGGCUAGUUAGCUAGCUAGGUAGAGCCGGGCAGUGACACAGCGGCCGCAUCAGACAGAAUGUCAGAAGGGGACAGUGUUGGGGAAUCGAUCCAUGGGAAACCAUCUGCAGUCGCUACCUUUUUCACACGGCUCGGACAGAUCUAUCAGUCAUGGCUAGACAAGUCAACACCGUUCUAUGCAGUGCGAUGGGCAGUCACUCUACUACUUACUGCAGUCUACAUGGUCAGAGUGUACAUAUUACAGGGUUGGUAUAUAGUAACAUAUGCUUUGGGAAUCUACCAUCUCAACCUGUUCAUCGCUUUUCUAUCACCGAAAGUGGAUCCUUCACUGCUUGACGAAGAUGAGGGCCCAUCCCUCCCGACCAAGCAGAACGAGGAGUUCCGCCCUUUCAUCAGGAGGUUGCCUGAAUUCAAAUUCUGGCAUUCGGCGACGAAAGGCAUCGUCAUCGCCAUGAUUUGCACAUUCUUUGAUGCCUUCAACGUGCCAGUGUUCUGGCCUAUACUUGUAAUGUACUUCAUCAUGCUCUUCUGCAUCACCAUGAAGAGGCAGAUCAAGCAUAUGAUCAAGUAUAGAUACCUACCCUUCACACACGGGAAGAGGACUUACAAAGGCAAGGAAGACACAGGGAAACCUUUUGCUAGUUAAAACCUCCCACUUUCCCUUCCCCUCCUUCACAUUUGAAAAUUAAAAAUUUGUCAAAACAACAAAAAGAUCAAGUGAGGAGUGACAAGGGUCAGUGAUUUCCUUUUAUUUUAUUUUACUUUUUUCUUUUUUCUUUUUUUUGAGGGGGACAAUAACAUGAAAAAUAAUAAAAAGAGUUUUGAUCCAUGUUUGACAGUGUUGGAUGAGGAUAAGAUUAGCACAGAUCAAAUUCAUCUGGAAUCGUUGCCUUUGGUAUGGGAGCUUCAGUCAAAGACCCUGAUCCUCAUUUCGGGACAGGUCUGCAUUUGUUCAGUAGCGGUUGAGACGCAGUGCUGCCGUUUGCCUUUUUACAGAGAUGGAAUCAUGAUGAAACGAAAUGCAGUGAACAUCUGCAGCUUUUGUUUUUUCUCCUUUAUUCACAAAUGAUGAUUCCAGUCCAUCUCCACCUCCCAAGUGAAACAAAUCUGCCAACUUUUGAUGAAAACAUACCUACUCAGUCGUAACAAGUUCUAUAUCUAAAAUCAGUAGUAUUAGAGCAAAAUAACUUGAUUAGAUGUAAAAAAGAUGAAAUCUGAAGGAAAUAUAAUGAUUUUUUUUCUUUUUUUUUUCUUUUUUUUUUCUUUUUUUUUAAGUUGAAUCAUUUUGUCUCUUGUGCUAAAAGUGUGCUGCUGCUCUGGCGUGGGAGGGUCCCAUCCAGCUGUCCUAUAGAGUAGAUGUAGACAUUUGUUUAGAGAUUAGUUACAUUUCACUUGAAUAUGCAUUCAUUACACAAAUAAGAAAAUCAUAACUCAUCUGUUUUUGCCAAAUCAAUGACAUUCUAUUGUAAUAACCACCCCUGGGCACAAAUAGUAGUUUUAAUCGAUUAGCCUGAAUUGGCUACUAACGCAAUUGUGUGGAUUCUCUGAUUCUCGCUGGCAUGGCCAUAUUAUUGUAUACCAUAAGAAUGAUUAUUGACUUCAUGGGAUGUUUUUUUAAUUUGUUUUUUCCCUUUGUUUUAAUUUUAUUUGAUUAUUUCCCACCUCCCUGCCACAUCAUGGGAUGCAUAAUUCAAGUGUCUCUAACCCCCACCCAUUUAGUCUCCUGUAGGCUUUAGACGACCUUUAUCUCAGUUCUCUGCUUUUUGCACCAUGUAGAUUGUAACUGAUGGACAUCUGUGUCAUUGGCCACUCCUGGAAACAAAAUUUUCUAACAAUAUAAGGGGGCAUUUUACUUGAAAUUGCAAGCCAAUGAAGUUGCUGUACCUCAGAUUUCUAUGCCGUUAAUUCUGUGGAAAAUCACUGCUUUAUUUACUCGACCCAUAGAGCGGGCUACCAGUAUACUCCCUCAAUCCAAUCCAGUUCAUAAUAAAAAUUGAAACCUGAGCUAAACACAUGAGAAAUGACAAAAUGUCCUCCCCGAAGACCCGUCCUCUUUGAAACACUGAACCAGCUGUGUUUCAAAGCCCAGGGUCCAUUCCAUUUAUCUAGACGAGCUGAUGUACUCCCUUAUAUUCUGUUGUUUACUUCAAAAGAUGCAUGGUAAAUAUCUAAUCAUUCCAAGCAAAAAUAUUGUUCUCUUUCUUUCUUUUGCAGCAGAGGAAACAUAAGAGCAUUGAGAUUGAGAGCUUUUGUUAUAACAAAUGGAUGAAGGGGGUGACGAUCACACUUUUUUCCCCUGUUGUUUUUUUUUUUUUUUUCUCUCUCUCUCUCUCUCUCUUCUCAGUAUGCUGGGGAUGUUGUGAGUGUUUGCAGUUGUAAUUUUGGUACCCGGAGACUUUUUUUUUUUCUUUUUUUUUUUUUUUUUUUUUAAUCUUGAUCAGCACUGUAGUGAGGGAUCAAAACUUUUUUUUCUUGUAAAAAAGUCCAUCUUGCAAAGGGUUGUCUGGAGGAUUUGUAUAUAUAUAUUUUAAAAUAUUAAAUUGAUUUGAGAUUAUUUUUUUCUUUAUAUAUUUUUUUUUUCUUCCAACCUACCAUACUGUUUCCAAGUGUUCAAAUCCAUUGUCAGUUGAAAUUGAUGAAAGCAGAACUGGUUAAUUGGGUUCUAGAUUUGAUUAAAUAUGUUUCUCAUGGAUUGCAUGUUCUUGUUUUAUUGUGCUACAGUUAUAAACAGAAACUUGAUUUUAAUAACUGAAGUGUAAUUUUUUCACUCCAAAUGCUAUUAAAGAGGCUGUGUUCCUUCAAACAAUAUGUAGAUGUCUCAGCUUCGUGUUUUUAGGCCUUCAUUGAGGAAGGUUAAAGGAGAAAUAAAAAAUAAAAAAAAACACAUCAUAAAUCUGGGCUAAAGCUACAAACAUACAUAUAUACACUAUUGUUAAAGAUCCUUUUAUUUCCAUACAGCCAGACCUGUGGGAUCUGUUUUAGUGCAGCUGAAAGGUUGCAUGAUUU